UGACGGGGGGAGGGCAGUCGGACAAAAAUAAAAUAAACAAAAAGAUGCGAGUCGAGUUAGAGCGAGUUAGCCAAGUUUGCUAACUGCUAGCCGGGCUGAGCUUACCCUCUAACCUCUGAGCCCGGUAUCCGUGCAGAGGCCACCUGUUGGUGCACAGGUGUUUCCAGCUGUCACAGCUGUGUUUGUGUGUGAAGAAGCCUCCCGUCAUGCCUCAGCGCAGAACCUCUCUGAGACGGCGGCUGGCAGCAAUGUCUUCUGCAGACGAAGAGCAAUCGGCCGCCAUCGCGGCCGCCUUGACGUCUGCGUUAUCGAGUGCCGUGUCAGCUGCCUUGGCGGUUGCCAUGGCUGUUGAUUCAAAGGCGGAUCUCUCAGCAAUGCUCGACGAAUGGGAAGAAGCACAGAGAGGCCCCACAGAGCAGCUGGUGUCCGUCUUAAACAGAAUAUCGGAGCUGAUUGAGAAAGAGACGGGAGAGUAUCACAAAGCAGACCCGGAUCCGUUUGAUGACCGUCAUCCAGGACGGGCGGACCCUGACUGCAUGCUGGGACAACUCCUGAAGAUGCUCUUUAUGAACGAUGACUUCACUAACGCACUGCUGGACACGUACAUAAUGACCAGCAGGGAACACAGCCUCAACACAGCAGCCUGCCGCCUGCUUCAGAACAUUUGCCCGGGCCUGGAGACGGCCGUCGUCUUCCAAGAGAAGGAGGGUCUGGCUGAAAGGUUGUUCGGCUGGGCUCGUGAAGCAGAGCGCCCGCUGUGUGUCUACGCCACGGGUUUGCUGGCCCGAGCCAUGAGCAACCAGGAAGUGGCGGCCAACUACAGAGAAGAGAACGCUCAGCUGGUGCCGGUUAUGAUCAAGCGGCUGCACGAGCUGCAGUCUCAACAGGCCACGAGUCACUUUAGUGCCACCCACACCUCAGAGAAUCUACCUCAGGACUCUCAGGCUGAAACUGCACAAACCUCAAGCGUCACAACUUCCCAGCAAGACACGAUGGAGAUGGAGGAAGAGGCGAGAAAUGAAAGAGCCGGGGAGAGCAGCAGGACCACGUCCAACACCAAACCCACGUCUCUGCUCGGCUCAGCUCAGAAGAACGGCGGCCGCAGCAGCAGCUCCGCCCGACUGCUGCCGGGCUUCGUUUACCAAGUCGCUCCGGACUCUGCGUCCAGGGAGACGGAGGACAUGCAGGGAGGAAGAGGUGGAGGAGGAGGGAAGAAACGGGCUAUAAAGGAGAACGGGAGGAAGGCAAAGCAGAAACUGAACUUUGCCAACUCUUCGGACAGGAGUGGAGAGGACGCAGAGAGGACCGAGGCCAGCGAACAGCCGGCCAGCACCUCCUCAUGGUCUGAGAUGAGCUCCGUGAUGAUCGGCACCGACUUCUGCCUUUCACCGCUGAGCCCGGCCAUGGAGCAGCGGCUCAUCCUGCAGUAUCUGACCCCGCUCGGAGAUUACCAGGAGCUGCUGGCUGUCUUCAUGCAGCUGGACACGCGGUCGCUGCUGAUGAACUACAUCGACCUCAGACAGACCAACAACGUCCAGCUCACCUUCGACGCCCUGCUGUAUCUCGCCUCGCUGCUCCUCCAUAAGAAGUUUGCCGCAGAGUUCAUCGCUCACGGAGGAGUGCAGAAACUCCUGGAGAUCCCGAGGCCGUCGAUGGCAGCGACCGGAGUUUCUCUCUGCCUCUACUACCUGGCGUAUAACCAAGACGCCAUGGAGAGGGUGUGCACGCUGCCCGACGGCGUGCUGUCCGACACGGUGUCCUACGCGCUGUGGCUGCUGGAGUCGUCCCACGCGUCGGGCGUCUGCCACGCCACCAUGUUUUUCUCCAUCUCCUUUUCUUUCCGAGCGGUGCUGCAGCUGUUCGACCAGCAGGACGGCCUCCGGCGGCUCGUCAACCUGAUCAGCACUCUGGAGAUCCUGAACAUGGAGAGCGAGCUGUCCAGGCUGAGCGAUGACCAGGUGUUCUCCAGCAGGCAGACGGCCAAACACACCUGCAUGGCGCUGCGCAGGUACUUUGAGGCUCACCUCGCCGUGAAGACCGAGCAGGUGAAGCAGUCGCUGCACGCGUCGGACGGCGGUAUCGUCAUUCCCCAGCAGCCGUUUUACAAGGCCUACUCGUACACCAGAGAGCAGAUUAUUGAGAUGAUGGAGUUUCUCAUCGAGUGCGGGCCUCCUCAGCUCCACUGGGAGCCGGUCGAGGUCUUCUACAAGUUGGCCUGUGUCCCCUUAAUGCUGCAGCUCAUAUCUACAGCCUGCGACUGGAGGACUUACUUUGGCAGGAGUGACACUGUGCGCUACGCUUUGGACAUCCUCUCCAUCCUGACGGUGGUUCCUAAAGUCCAGCUGGUCCUGGCAGAAACCGUAGAAGUUCAGGAUGAAGCCAGGUCCCCCGUUUCCACUGUGGGUAUGAGCAUCAUUCUGGGCGUGGCAGAGGGCGAGGUGUUUGUCAACGAUGCUGAGAUCCAGAAGUCUGCACUGCAAGUAAGGAGAAGCUUUAAAUAUGUUAAUGAGAUUCUCCCGACUUUGAUAACCUCCAGAAAAAGGAAGUCGGAUCACGGAGCUUUCAUACAGACUCCAGCAAUGAAGAAGCAGCUGGAACGCCACCUUCCUUCCCCUCCAACGCUCGACAGCAUCAUCACCGAGUACCUGAGGGAACAACACGCCCGCUGCCCCAACCCGGUCACCACGUGCCCCCCUUUCUCUCUUUUCACACCGCACCGCUGCCCGGAGCCCAAGCAGAGACGCCAAGCCUCUCCCAACUUCACCGCCCGCCUGGGCGCCAGGGUGCUGUACCCCAAAUACGGAGGCGUGGACCGAGCGUGUCUGGAUAGACAUCUGAUAUUCAGCAGGUUUCGUCCGAUGUCGGUGUUCCACGAGGGCGACGGAGACGAGAGCGGCUUCACCUGCUGUGCCUUCUCGGCCUGCGAGCGUUUCCUGAUGCUGGGAACCUGCUCCGGCCACCUCAAGUUCUACAACGUCCUCUCGGGAGACGAGGCGGCCAACUACACCUGCCACACGUCCGCCAUCACACACCUCGAGCCCUCCAGGGAUGGGAAACUGCUGCUCACCUCUGCUUCCUGGAGCGUCCCUCUGUCGGCUCUGUGGAGCAUGGAUGGAGUCUUCAUCAAAAAGAUCUACGACAUCCAGACGGGUCAGAAGACGCUGACCCUGAACGACCCCGCCCUGGCCAACAACUACAAGAGGAACUGCGCCACCUUCAACCCCACUGACGACCUGGUGCUAAACGACGGCGUGCUGUGGGACGUGCGGGCGUCGCGGGCCAUCCACAAGUUCGACAAGUUCAACAUGAACAUCAGCGGAGUCUUCCACCCCAACGGCCUGGAAGUCAUCGUCAACACGGAGAUCUGGGACCUGAGGACCUUCCACCUGCUGCACACCGUCCCCGCCCUGGACCAGUGCAGGGUGGUCUUCAACAGCAACGCCACCAUCAUGUACGGAGCUAUGCUCCAGGCCGACGACGAGGACGACGCGAUGGAUCAGCAGAUGAAGGGUCCCUUCGGCUCAUCCUUUAGAACCUUCGAUGCUACGGACUACAAGCCCAUCACCACUGUGGACGUGAAGAGGAACAUCUUCGACCUGUGUACAGACACCAAGGACUGCUACCUGGCUGUCAUCGAGAACCAGGACGCAGUGGGCUUGGACACAGUGUGUCGUCUGUACGAGGUGGGACGCCAGAAACUCGCCGAGGAGGGAGACGACGACGAUCAGGAUGACGAAGAUCAGGACGAUGACGAUUCUUCUGACUCCGAUGACGACGAUGAUGACGACGACGACGACGACUUGGACACAGACCCGCUCAUAGAGGAGCUGGCCAAUAACAACGAGGCAGAGAACGAGGAACAAGCCGACUCGCCCAGAGACGAAGAGGUACCCGACCCCCUAAAUCCAUCGACCAAUCAGCUUCUUUUAUUUUUCACUUUUCUGUGAAAGAAUUGAUGAAGA